GAGAAGAAAGGGGUGGGGUCAAGGGGAAGGACGUUAGGAUAUACCACCCAGCCAGCCUCCCAACAGCAAUAAAGCGGUGCUUCGGCGUUGACAUCCCGGAGUCAUCCUAUCUUUUGUCAAAAUGUCUCUUUCCAAGAAGUUAACUCUGGACAAACUGGAUGUUAAAGGGAAACGUGUCAUCAUGAGAGUAGACUUCAAUGUUCCCAUGAAAAAUAAUCAAAUUACUAACAACCAGAGAAUCAAGGCUGCCAUCCCAAGCAUAAAAUACUGUCUCGAUAAUGGAGCCAGGUCGGUCGUUCUUAUGAGUCACCUAGGUCGUCCUGAUGGUAAUCCCAUGCCUGAUAAAUAUUCCUUACAGCCUGUUGCUGUUGAGCUGCAAUCCUUACUGGGCAGGAAGGUACUGUUUCUGAGUGACUGUGUGGGGAAACAAGUGGAGAAGGCCUGUGCCAGGCCACCUAGAGGUUCUGUCAUCCUGUUAGAGAACCUGCGCUUUCAUAUAGAAGAAGAAGGGAAGGGUCUAGAUUCUUCUGGAAAUAAAGUUAAAGCUGAGCCAGAGAAAAUAGAAGCCUUCCGAACAUCACUUUCCCAGCUAGGGGAUAUCUACGUGAAUGAUGCUUUUGGCACUGCUCACCGGGCCCACAGCUCUAUCGUGGGAGUGAAUCUGCCACAGAAGGCUUCUGGAUUUUUGAUGAAGAAGGAGCUCGAUUAUUUUGCUAAAGCCUUGGAAAAUCCAGAAAAACCCUUUCUGGCUAUACUAGGUGGAGCCAAAGUGGCAGACAAGAUCCAACUCAUCAAAAAUAUGCUAGAUAAAGUCAGUGAGAUGAUUAUUGGUGGUGGAAUGGCUUAUACCUUCCUUAAGGUACUCAACAACAUGGAGAUUGGUAAUUCCCUUUUUGAUGAAGAAGGAGCCAAGAUUGUCAAAGAUAUCAUAGCCAAAGCUAAUAAGAAUGGUGUGAACAUUACUUUUCCUGUUGACUUUGUGACAGCUGACAAGUUUGAGGAGAAUGCUAAUACUGGACAAGCCACUGUAUCAUCUGGCAUACCUUCUGGCUGGAUGGGUUUGGACAGUGGUCCUGAGACCAACAAGAAGUUCGCUGAAAUUGUGGCCCGGGCCAAGCUAAUUGUAUGGAAUGGACCUGUAGGGGUAUUUGAAUGGGACGCCUUUGCUAAUGGAACCAAAUCCCUCAUGGAUGAAAUUGUAAAAGCCACUUCCAAGGGCUGUAUCACCAUUAUAGGAGGUGGAGACACUGCUACUUGCUGUGCCAAAUGGAACACUGAAGAUAAAGUUAGCCAUGUGAGCACUGGAGGAGGUGCCAGUCUAGAGCUUCUGGAAGGUAAAAUCCUUCCAGGAGUAGAGGCUCUCAGCGACCUGUAGUUGACAGUGUUCCUUCCUACUGCUUUCUGUCCCUAAUCUAUAAGUCACCUUAGUACUUUUACAUUCUUAUUCCACCGUUGUUAUAAUCUACCCUUAUACGAAGACCCAGACAAUGACCCAGGCAAUGAACAAUGGGUGAACCAUCAGAAACUCAACAUCAGCACAGUUCUGCUAUCCUGGGAUGCAUUUGUCUACUCGAAGAUUUCAUUUGAGCUUCACCAUUAUGAUUCGUUGGGAGGAUAUACAUUUAUGCUGGCUAUUAAGGUUAAUUGAAUAAACUGAAUCUCUCUCAUACUUUCACUCCAGAUUAUUGUUUCACUACUUGAAACAAGGGAACAAGACAAAACCUAAGUUGUCAGAGAAAGGUGGGAUAGAAAUAGGCAAAGUAUUAAAUAAUAAAAUUGCCUAAAUAAACCAAGAAAAAUAGUUACAUUUGAGAACACAUGAGCAUCAUUAAAGGUCUGCUAGAAGGAAAUUUCUUAUGAAAUUAGAAGAGAAAUAAAAUAUAUUAUUCAAACUCAAGUAGUCUUAAAGCACAGAAGGAAUUUAAAUGCAAGGCAGGAACUAUGUCUGUGUGUGGAGGUACAAGAGUACAUACGCAUGCCUAUUAGAA